CCGCGGAGGGCGCCGGCCGGGGCGUCUCCCCGGGACCCCGCGGGCGCUCUCCGCUCCGCAGCGCCGCGCCGGAAGCGGCCGGGCCGGCCCCCUCCCCGCGGCGCCCGCCGCCUUAUCUCGGCGCCUCGGGCCCAGGAGGAGACGCGGGCGCCAGGAGGGACGCGGCGGCGGCAUGGGCCGGGGGCCCCGGGGCGCGGGCCACCCGCCGCGCCGCCUGCUGUCGCUGCUGCUGCUGCUCGGCCUGGCCCGCGGCGCGACCGGAGCGCGGGGCGCCGACGGUUUAGACAUCUGUGCCACGUGCCACGAACAUGCCACCUGCAAGGAAAGAGAAGGGAAGAAGAUGUGCACUUGCAAAUAUGGAUUUGUGGGCAAUGGGCGGACUCAGUGUAUUGAUAAAAACGAGUGCCAAUUUGGGGCCACUGUGGUCUGCGGGAACCACACAUCUUGCCACAACACGCUUGGAGGCUUUUAUUGCAUCUGCCUAGAAGGAUAUCGAGCCACAAACAACAACAAGACAUUCAUUCCCAACGACGGCACCUUUUGCACAGACAUAGAUGAGUGUGAGGUGCCCGGCCUGUGUGGGCAAGGAGGGCGGUGUGUGAACACUCAUGGGAGCUUCGAAUGCUACUGUAUGGAUGGAUACUUGCCAGAGAGUGGCCCCGAGCCUUUCCACCCGACCAGAGAUGCCACGUCAUGCACAGAAAUAGACUGUGGCACUCCUCCUGAGGUCCCAGAUGCCUAUAUUAUAGGAAAUUAUACCUCUGGGCCUGGCAGCCAGGUUCGUUAUGCUUGCAAAGAAGGGUUUUUCAGUGGCCCGGAAGAUAUAGUUUCAAGCUGCACAGUCUUGGGCACAUGGGAGUCCCCCAAAUUAAAUUGCCAAGAGAUCAGCUGCGGCCGCCCUCCGGAAGUGCAGCAUGCGUCCCUGGUGGGGAAUCACAGCUCCAGCCUGGGCAGUGUGGCUCACUACGCCUGUCAAGAGGGCUUCGAGAGCCGUGGGGGCACGAUCACUUCCGUGUGCACAGAGAGAGGCACCUGGAGAGAAAGUACUUUGACAUGCACAGAGAUAAUUAUAGAAAUUAACGAUGUGUCAGUGUUUAAUGACACCUGUGUGAGGUGGCAGAUACACCCAGGAAGAAUGAACUCCAGGAUCGUAUAUGUGGUACAUGUGAAAGGACACCGGGCAGACCUGAUAGAAUCAGUUCAUGAGGAGAGAGUCAACCUGACCACAGGCAGCAGGACCCCACAAGUGUGCCUAGACCUGUACCAAGGCACCAACUACACCGUGACCAUCUCCACUGCCCCUCCCGAACGCUCCAUGCCAGCCAUCAUCAGGUUCCAGACAGCAGAAGAUGAUCUCUUUGAAGAUGAUGGAAUUUUCAAUGUCUCACUAUUUAAUGAAACUUGUUUGAAAUUGAACAGGCAUUCUAGGAAAGUUGGAUCAGAACAAAUGUACCAAUUUAAAAUUCUGGGCCGAAGGUGGUAUCUGAGUGAUUUUUAUCACGCAGCAUCAUUUAACUUCACAACGGGGGGACGAGCUGCGGUUGUGUGUUUGGACCUGGACCCGGCAACUGAUUACACAGCGACUAUCACCCUGCUGGGGUCGCCGGAGCAGCACUCAGUGCAAGUAAUGGUAACAACUGCACCUGCAGUUAAACAGACCAUCAGCAACACUUCAAUAUUUAAUGAAACCUGCUUGAGAUGGAGAAACAUGAAGAUAGCUGGUAGAGAGGAAAUGUAUUUACUCCGCAUUCAGGGCCAGAGAUGGUAUCAGGAGGAGUUUGCCCAGGAAAUCACCUUUAAUAUCACCAGCAGCAGCCAGGCUCCUGAGAUGUGCUUAGACCUGCGCCCGGGUACCAACUACAGUGUCAGCAUUUACGCUUGGUCUUCUGUCCUUCCCGUGCUCAUCUCCCUAACAACCCAGAUAACAGAGCCUCCCCUUCCGGAAGUAGAUUUCUUCACAGUGCACGGAGGGCCUCUCCCACGCCUGAAACUGAGGAAAGCCAAGGAGAACAACGGGCCUAUCAGUUCCUAUCAGGUGUUAGUGGUUCCCCUGGCCCUCCAAAGCACAUUUUCUUGUGAUUCUGAAGGGGCGACCUCAUUCUUUAGCAAUACUUCUCAUACCGAUGGCUAUGUGGCUGCAGAACUACUGGCCAGACAUGUUCCAGAUGAUGCCAUGGAGAUCUCCAUUGGAGACAGACUGUAUUAUGGGAAAUAUUAUAAUGCACCCUUGAAAGCAGGGAAUGAUUAUUGCAUUAUAUUACGAAUCACAAGCGAAUGGAAUAAGGUGAGAAGAUGCUCCUGUGCAGUGUGGGCUCAGGUGAAAGGUGACAGAAACCCAUCUCAUAGUAGCUUAAGAGAAAGCUGAAAAGAAUGGGAGUCUAAGGAUGGGAGUUUAUGGAAGUCCCAUAAGAGCAGCAUCCCCAGGACCCCAGGGACUGGGACUUGGGACUCAGCACCAUGUGUGGGAUUCUCUCUUUCUGUCUGUUGUCUCUGCUCUGUUUCUAAGUGUGAGUUGGCAUCAUUUUCUUUAACUAUAAGCCAUGUGGUAGGGAGGGAUGGGCCCCAGUUACCACACCUUAGCAACUUCAGUAGGCACAGAAAGUUCUUCAGUUCAGGGAACGCCUUUUCUCCUAGGGUAUGUGACUGUCUGUUGGAUGAGUCACUGUAAACAGGAGAUGGGGUACGAUGAUUGGUCUCUCUUGGGUUUGGGGCUUACUCAUAUGACUGGUUGGGGGCAGAUCGAUGUGAUAGACAACCCCAUCAGCGUUGCAGUAGGAGGGGGGCAUGAUCCCCAUCAGGAAAAGAGGCACAGAAAAACAUGUUGGCAGACGACAACAAAGAGCUACAGCAGCCCAUUGCUGUCAGCCGUUUGGCUGCUUUGCAUGUACACAUACAUACACACAUACCAUUAAGAAAGACAUCUUCCAUUAAGGAAAUGGAAUGAUCCGCCACACAACCACAAGUGGCACCCUCGUGGAAGAUAACUCAAACGGGGGUCUCUGACUGCCUCCAGCUCCAAGACCAAGAUUCCCGGGCAUGGUUCCAUUCCUCUCCAUCAAAUCCAGAUGUGCUUCUCAUGAUCUGUUUAGCAAUCCACGACGAAACGGCUGCCAUUCUCAAACCACAGUAUAUAUUAUGAAAAGAAAAACAAUAAGUACUUUCACUUAGAAAGGAGGAAAAACUACAGUACUGUGCACUGGUCAGGGGGCCUAGAACAAUGACCACCUCAUGCUGGGGAGGAAAAGCAAGCACCCCUUGCCCUGGCCGCAGAAUGGGUCACUUGAUCAGUCGGUUGGGCUGCCUCGGUCUUUUCCUGGGUCUGCCUGUUGGGGAGUAGCCUUGUCUAUUUCCUCCGAAGCCACAUCGAAGGGAUGAGCUGGGAGGAGCUCCGCUGAGUGCUGUGCAGUUUAAACCUUCUGCUUCCUACAUGCACUUAUCCAGGCGGGGGCUUGCCUUAGGGAUUAAGCCAUGACAGGUCCUUGUUUGCCAGGCUGGGAUUUCCCCAGCAGCCAGCCAGGGGACUUGAUUCCCAGAAUUCCAUUAGUUUAUAGCUAAUACCAGAAAUCUUGUCAAGUUUACGACCUUUGAGUCUGGACCCUUUCCCUGUGGUUUAUGAGUCCUAGCAACUUCCUGAGGAAUUCUGCCCGUAGCCCGCAGUAUCAGUUUAACCCCUUACAUCCUGUCCCUUGCUUCAGAGCAGCAUACAACAAGAGGCUGGGGUGGUGAGGAAGAGCGGAUGUAACCUUGCUUUCAGGGAGAUUCCUACCCUGUCAUUAGAGGGGACUUAGCAGGAAAUGCUUGAGGGGGACCUGGGGAAUUAGGCUUUCUUCAUUUGUCUGCUCAUCCCCUCAGCUUAUUUCUCCUCUUUUUACUCUACUCACACCAACUUCACCAAGGGUAGAGGACUUGGUUUUUCAGUUGGGAAGGGUAGUACCUGACCACGAACCAUCUUAGCUUAUGGAUGGCCAGACAGUGAAGGUUUCUCUCUUGCUCUCUUAUCUCCAGCUUUAUUGAGAUAGAAUGAAUAUAUAAUUGGCAUGAUAUCAUGUAAGUUUGAAGUGUAUAAUGUGUAUAAUUUGGCAUACAUGUGUAUUAUAAAAUGACUACCCCAAUAAAGUUACUUAACACC